AAAAGCAACCAACCAAAAAAAAGAGAGAGAUAGAGAGAGAACCCUCCAUUCGAACACGAGUACCACCGCAUCUCGCCUGAGCUUUCCUCCAUCGAACCCCCCACAGAUCUCUCCCCCCUGUCUCUCCGCGUGAGGUCCUUCGGUUCGAGCCGUACUUUUCCUGGGCAAACAGAGCUCGGGCUUCGAUACUCGCGUGCGGUUUCAAAUUCAGUCGGCUCCUCUUCACGGACUACAAACUCCUGAAUUUUUCAGUGGACUGUCCCCGAGUCGCCUUCUUCAGGAAAAUCAUCGCCCGCAUCGAUUACCGGAGGCUUUUCGAGUCUUUGACCGGUAACGCCGAUGUUUCAAGACGACGGGUCUUCCUCCGUGACAUCCUCUUCUCUCCAGUUCUGUUCCCUGAUGUCGCUUUCGCCGGGUUUUGGGUCACCGCACUCGUUGCUGAAGGAACUAAAAUCCGAGGAACGGGGCUUGUACCUAAUACAUUUGUUGCUCGCUUGCGCGAAUCACGUCGCCAACGGUAACCUCGAGAAUGCAAAUAUAGCCCUCGAGCAAAUCUCUCAGCUUGCGUCUCCUGAUGGGGAUACUAUGCAACGGAUUGCGGCGUACUUUACAGAGGCGCUUGCUGACCGGAUACUCAAGUCGUGGCCUGGCCUUCAUAAGGCCCUUAAUUCUACGAAAAUAUCGUUGCUGCCUGACGAGCUUCUUGUCAGGAAGCUGUACUUCGAGCUGUUUCCUUUCUUGAAGUCAGCAUUUGUGCUCACCAAUCAAUCUAUACUGGAAGCUAUGGAGUCGGAGAAGAUGGUUCAUAUUAUUGAUCUCAAUGCAGCCGAGCCCACACAGUGGAUUGCACUUCUUCGAUCUUUGAAUACACGGUCUGAAGGACCGCCCCAUCUCAGGAUCACAGGGAUUCAUCAGCACAAAGAGGUCUUAGAUCUUAUGGCCCGCAGUUUGACUGAAGAAGCAGAAAGAUUGGAUAUUCCAUUUCAGUUUAAUCCAAUCGUGAGCAAAUUGGAGAAUCUUGAGAUUGAAAAAUUGCGCGUGAAGACUGGUGAGGCUCUGGCAAUCAGCUCAGUUCUUCAGUUGCAUUCCCUGUUAGCCUUUGACGAUGAAAAUCACCAGAGAAGAUCACCUCUUCCAUUCAAGAAUAUGAAUGGAACUAGCUCACACAGAGUCUUACUGAUGAGCCAAAACACGCUGGGUGAACCGCUUGAGAAAGACUUGGCAAAUGGGAGUAGCCCAAGUACCGACUCAGCUACAUCGUCCCUGCUUUCUGUAAAUGCUUCGGUCAAAAUGGAUAAUUUUCUCAAUGCUUUGUGGGGAUUAUCCCCAAAGGUUAUGGUAGUGACAGAGCAAGACUCGAACCAUAAUGGGUCGACUCUAUUGGAGCGGCUUGUGGAAGCUUUGCACUCUUACGCAGCAAUGUUCGAUUGUUUGGAGUCUACGGUGUCAAGGACAUCCUUAGAGAGAUUGAAGGUGGAGAAAAUGCUGUUUGGGGAAGAAAUCAAGAAUAUUGUAUCGUGCGAGGGAGCUGAAAGGAAGGAACGACACGAGAAGCUGGACAAGUGGAUCCAGAGGCUUGACUUGGCUGGAUUCGGGAAUGUGCCAUUGAGCUAUUGCGGGAGGUUGCAGGCGAAGGGGUUGAUGCAGGGAUACAAUUGUGACGCUUAUAAGAUCAAAGAAGAAAACGGAUGUGUAGUGAUGUGCUGGCAAGAUCGGCCUCUUUUCUCCGUGUCGGCUUGGAUGUGUAGAAAGUAAGAUAUUAACUUAGCCACACUGUAAACAGAAAACUCCCAUUAAAGGAUUUUUUCCAUAUAUGCUGCCUGCUUCUGACAAUGAUUUGCAGACUCCCUCUUCUGACUCUUCAUCUGUCAAACUUUUGUUCUCUUUUCAUACAGCCAGAAUCCGAUCGAUCAAUUUUGCUCUGUGUAAAGAGUAUGUACCUGAAAAGUCAAAUAAUUAUAAACCAAAUAUUCUGUUUC